AAAGGUAUAUAAGUAGUAACAUGAAGAGCAGUUUGGGAGCCGAAAGAGUCGGCUCUUCUUGGAGUCAAAUGAUCCGACUCCCUAAAAAAGAGCCGAACUUCCCAUCACUAAGGCGGGACAGCUGCGAAGGCGGGAAGCUGAGUCAUCGGCAAAGCUAACUAAGAUAGCCAGCUUCACAUUUUGAUAUAUUAUUUUAAAUCCAGCUCAUAUAUUCAGUCAGCUAUUUACUCAAAAUGAGUUUAGACACGCUCUUUCAACAAAUCCUUCUAUCUGAGCAACAAUUAACUGAGCAAACACAAAAACUGAAGGAAGUGAAAGUAGCCAUCAGCAGAUGUAAUGAGAAGAUCAAGAGCGCCACUGAAAAGCAUGAACGGACCACCGCGGAGCUCGAUGAAAAGUCUCAGCAGUUGUCCGCGAUGAUGCUGCAGCACGACCUGCGGAAGAAAUUCGAAGACCAGAUGUUGAAGCAAAUCGAGGAGCUGCUCAGCCAGAAGAGCCACCUCAUGGAGCAACUAGCCAAGAUAAAGAAAGAGUCUAAAGAAGAAGAGAAAAACUUCCUUCAAGAGAUCUCAAGGUUCAACAGUGACUUCAGUCUUCAAGGGAACAGAGAGAUAGUGUUUGAGAGCCAAGUGCGCGCCGAGAUCCUGGACCUGGAGAGGGAGGUGGAAUCAUUAUACAAAGAGAUGGAGCUGAUGACCAGCAGGAGCAGUCACAUGAGCGCCAUGCAGGAGGAGAAGAGAGCACUCCAGCUCGAGCUACAGGACCUGAACAACGUCCAGGAAGAUCUGGAUCAGCAGUUGAAUGAGGCCAAGGCAAUGACAGAAUCUCUGAGAGCGGAGCGGCUGUUUGUCAGUCAGAAACCUCUCACUGACAGCACCUGUCUCAGGCUGAGGAAGGAGCUGGAGAUGCACAAAGAAGGAGAGCUCGAGCAUCUGAGAGAGGCGCUCGGCUCAGAAAUACAGUUCCUGAAGUCAAAGCUGGACAGCAGCCAGGGAAGUGAGCGGCAUUAAGUUUGGCACAAUGAUGACACAGAAAGCUUUCAUUGGUUCACUGUCUGUUCUGUUUAAAAAAACACACACCUGCUGAUGAAUAGAAAAGAGAGGGAACGACAAGAAAGAAGACAGGAAGGAACAAAUGGAGUGAGAUUAUUAACUGUUAACCUCAGUUCAGUCUUUUAGUGUUGACACUUUACCUUGUUGACUUGUUUAAGUAUUAAAAUUGGUAAGUUGAAAGUGUUUUCCUCAAUGUUUUAAUGAGAAAUAUUGUUUUACAUCUACGACUAGACACACAGUGUACUAAUAUGUUACCUGCAACUAAGGAAGGCAUUGGAAAAAAGUGAUUUAAUACUGCCCUCUAGUGUACAAAGAGUAGCAUCGCUAUAAUAU